GUAACGACUGGAUCUAACAUUGAUUGGUCCAAUGCAGUGUAAGUAAGGGAUAUAAAACAGCUUAUGUGUGUAAAAUGAUCUGAACACCAGUCACAGACGCUAACAGUUAUGAACAAAGGAAUGUGCACCUAAAAGAAAAACAAACACACUUUGUUAUUUCAUUAAAAUGAAGACAAAUGGAACAUGAUAAGAAAGAUGGGCACUUAAAUUGGUAAGAUACGGUACUGCAGAUCGUCACCGCUUAGCAGUGCAGAAAAAGCAAAACGGCGUCUCCGGUGGUUUUGCAGAAAAGAGCAUAGCUGCGCUUGACGAGCUGUCGAUCGGUUACGUACAGUACUUUCUUCCAAAAGCAUAAACAAAAACACAACCUCCAUGUGGUCACACAAAACCUUACGAUCGCCAUGUAAUGAUUGCCGAGUUCAGUGGUUUGUUUAAACAUGGAGUACACUCACUUCAGUAAUGAAAGGUGUGUGUGUACAACAAACAACUGCAGCGAGUGCCAAAUACGGUUGUCGAGGCAACUGCAGCGUGUGUGUGCGUAGCCUUUACAGCAGUACUGUAUUUAAGAGUGCUUAGCCAGGAAAUAGGCACGCAUCGUUUUUAGGGUGAGUUGGUCCUUGCACCAUCUGUCGUAAUUUCAGCAGCACGGUAACACUGCAAAGAGUUUUACUUUCAAUCUCAAUCUAAACACAAUCACUCUCCAUGGAACGCGGCUCUAUCCCGUAAGACCUGUAUUACAGGUACGACGCUGGUCACAAGAUCCACACCUGUCGCACUCGUGAGCCGCUUCGAGUCGAUCUCUUAGGUUUAUUUCAAGUCCUGUAAGCCAAACGACAAAUACCAAGACGUACACGGUCCCUGUGUCAGCUCAGUUCAGCCACAGCUCUCACUUCAGUGUCUGACAGCAUGUCCAAACCCCUCCCCAGGGUGGUCCCCCCAGCGGGACAGACGUACCCCGUACCCAAACCUCGCAAGCGCACCCAGAGUACCCUCUCAGAGCAGAGCACAGCCCCCCCUGUCCCGCAGCCCAGGAGGAAAUCACUUUGCAGCAUUUUAGAAUCUGAAAUGCCGCAGAUACAAAUAGUGUCCAGCAAAGAGGGAUUUCAGAGAAGGCGUUGCAAUGACAGCGAUCAACAUGAACGUGUCCCAGGCGAAGCAGACAGGCAGACACAGCUUCGACCUCAAUGUCGUGAUAGCUGCUUAUUGUCCUGACCCCCUCAGGAGCACCCAGUCCUGCGUGUGGUGGAUUGUGUCCCUCAUUAACCCCUCCCUGUCCUUCUCAGUUUCACAGCAGAUUCUUCUCGGGAGCUGGUUGCCUGGCUGGGCUCACUGUCCCAGGCUGUGAAGAGUGCCCUGUCCUGCAGUGAGGUGGCGGAGCGCGUUUGGGGGAGCACAUGGAAUCGAAACUGUGCCGAUUGUUGGAGUCCUGACCCAGAGUGGGCUUCUGUGAACCUGCUCGUCGUCAUCUGUGACAACUGUGCAGGUCCGCACCGUGCCAUGGGGACCACUGUCUCCAAGGUAUGCAGUCUGAAGAUGGGCAAGAGCAUGUGGACAGAGCCACUCAUUCAGCUGUUCAUUCUGUUCGGGAACAAGUCAGCCAAUGAGCUUUGGGGGGAUCAGGUGCCGCCCGCUGAACAGAUCUGCCCAGAAUCCUCUGCGUAGCAGCGCCGGGCGUUCACCUGGGCCAAAUACAAGCAGGGCCGCUACCGCCAAUUGCACCCUCUGUACAGGAGCCAGGAGCAGCUGCACCAGCGUCUGUGUGAGGUGGGGAUGACUGCCGAUGUGUCGGAGACACUGGCCCUGCUGUGUUCCGGGGCGCGGGUGAUCAUUCACCCAGGGGAGCCCUCCCAGCCAUCCCCCAUCUCCCUGGCAGAGCAGGCAGGGCAGGCCAUGCAGGCCGAGCUGCUGCGCCAGAACCAGAUCACAGAGGCCCCUUUCCAAGACGUUGGGCUUGACCCUUCCCCUCCAGAGAACCGUUCUGUACAAGACGCUGAGGAGUUCCAGGGCAAACUGGACAAAGACAAGCUUGUGUUCUCGGAGGAGGUCGACUCUGCCCCCUGCGAGGUUCUCAAUCUGAGGGACGUCACCUCGCUCUGUGACUGCUCCACAGGGCAAAGACAUGAGUUUGUGAUGCACAUUCUGAAAGAGAGGCUGCAGUGCUCAGUAGAUGACCAGGAGACCCUGAGAACUCACCUGCGGCACAUCGCCAAGGUGUUGCUGCCAUGGCCAGUGCCGGACUCGGAGCUGGUGGGGGUGCGCUGUCUCUCCCGGGUGACCGCGAGGGACGGGAAGUGGCCGGAGCACAGAGACGCCUGGGCGGCACUCCGUGGGACCGAACUGCUGCUUUACCUCACAGGAGGGCGCCAGAGAGACCGGCUGAGGCUGACUCUGUCACAGAACUGCACCUGAGAACAUGAUUGAAAUCAUCUCACCAGAGAGGACCCUGUCCCUGCGGUUUAAGCACAGCUGGCCCUGUAAGAAGUGGGGUGUCCUGCUGAAGGAGGCUCUUCAACCUUCCACGUCCAGCCCCUCCUUCGGGGGGGGCUCCCCGUACCCCAGCCCGGGCCAAGGCUCCACAAGAGUGCCAGACCCCAUCGAGAGGUGCAUCUCCCACAUCACACAGCACGCUGAGGUCCUGAGUGCAGUCUAAUCUUUACAUGGAUCAUUAUCCUCGCUCUGGUUUACUAUCACUAGAGGUGCAUCUCCCACAUCACACAGCACGGUGAGGUCCUGAGUGCAGUCUAAUCUUUACAUGGAUCAUUAUCCUCGCUCUGGUUUACUAUCACUAGAGGUGCAUCUCCCACAUCACACAGCACGGUGAGGUCCUGAGUGCAGUCUAAUCUUUACAUGGAUCAUUAUCCUCGGUCUGGUUUACUAUCACUAGAGGUGCAUCUCCCACAUCACACAGCACGGUGAGGUCCUGAGUGCAGUCUAAUCUUUACAUGGAUCAUUAUCCUCGCUCUGGUUUACUAUCACUAGAGGUGCAUCUCCCACAUCACACAGCACGGUGCGGUCCUGAGUGUAGUCUAAUCUUUACAUGGAUCAUUAUCCUCGGUCUGGUUUACUAUCACUAGAGGUGCAUCUCCCACAUCACACAGCACGGUGAGGUCCUGAGUGCAGUCUAAUCUUUACAUGGAAAGUGUGGAAAGUAGUCAAACUUACUACUGCACAGGGAAGCGUCAUUUUAUUGUAAAUAUAAAUAUCAACAACAAAAUACAGCAUGUACAGUAUAUACAGAUGCACACUUUUACUUACACAGCAUUUCAAAAUGCCGUACAUAUAUAAACACCUGUUGGCUUGCAGUGACUUUAUG